AUGCUGAGCAAAGGCCGGAGCCCCAAAAGAAAACAAGUACAGACUCAGAGGAAAGCUGCCCUGGUCCUGAGUGUGACUUCCAUGGUCCCCGUGGGGUCGUGGUUGGCAAUGAGCUCUGUGCUGUCAGCUUUCAUGAGGGAGCUCCCUGGCUGGUUCCUGUUCUCUGGGGUCUUCCUCCCCGUGACUUUGCUGCUGCUCCUCCUCAUCGCCUACUUCAGGAUCAAACUGAUUGAGGUUAAUGAAGAACUGUCCCAGACUUGUGAUCGCCAACAUAAUCCCAAGGAUGGUUCUUCCCUGUACCAGAGAAUGAAACGGACGUGACGUUGGGGACUUUCCAAUAACUAAAGCACAAUGAGUUUCUACUGGUCAGCAAGCAACGGUCAACAGUUCAGCUAAUAAAGUAGGUUGAUAAACUAGAACCAUAGCAAAAUAGAAAGAAUACUAAGAUACUCAUUCUGAACCAUAU